AUGAACAAGUACCGUCUAGUUGAUAAUAAAGGAAUGGUGGUAGAAGAUAUGCACGAAGAGGAGCCAAGCACAUCAUCUGGUGCGUUUUCUCGACCUUCUGCGUUGAAAAAUGGACCUGCAGUUCCUCAACUCACAUCACACAUAUGGGGAACUGGCCCUGAAGCAGUACCACGACCACAGCAAAGUGUGCUAGAGAAGGCCUUGAAUGCUUCGCUGGCCCCAUCUGCGAUUGCACCAUCCGCUCCCCGCACUCCGAACCUUCGAUGUCAACCUUCCCGCGGAGAUCCCACUUGGAAUGAUACCAGUAGUGGAUAUGCUACAAUGAAUGGGGACUUACCCAUGAGCACUCCGAAGAAUUAUGACAGUGCAGUUCGUGCUUAUGAAAAUUGUCAAGGACUCCCGAUUCCUGAUUCAGUGGAUGCGGUCUUAGAUGAAGUCAAUAGAAAAACUCGAAGUGCCCCGACAAAUGCAGCAAGCAGUAGUGGAGUCCCUGAUAAUGUUCUCGAAACGUCCAUUUGCUCCUCAGUGAACUCGUCGUUGGCUGUCGAUAGCCAUUCGCUAGGAAGUCGUAUGGAGUUGACUGCACUUCCUAAUGUCACGAGAUUCUCGGAAUUUGGUGUAAAGGUGGGAAAAAGUUUGUAA